GACAUCCAUCAUACACAUAUAUGUGGGUGGCACUGUCGUGCCAUAGGGACCAUACGGAGAUCGGAGAACAAAUUGCAGGAGUCGCUUCACUCCUCCCACCCUGUGGAACCUGAGCAAUGGAACUCAGGCUUGGUAGCCGUCAUCCCUCUGGUCUUAGGUAGUAGCUGCAUGCUACAAAGUAGCAUUUAGUUCCAUUUUGAAUGGCGAUGAGACUGGAGAAGGGAAGUAGACUUAGCGCUUCCAAAAUGCAUGCCCCUAGGCUGCCUUGGCUCAGCGAGUCCUUUCGUUCUGUGUCCAGUUCCUGAUUCCGCAGAGGCCUGGAGGGAAGUCUGUAAUAAGUUCUUAUAUGAAGGUGCCGGAAGAGACGGCAAUAAAGUCUGAGGCGCCGCUGUACAAACAGGAGCCAGAGCCCGCGUCACCCUGCGGACCCGUGCCCUUCUAAACUACAGGGUGAGCCUGACACCCGCCCACGGCACGCUUGGCACCGGGAAGCUAGCUGGCUGGGCUCCGGAGGGUGCUCCACACCUACAAACAACUGCUCUGUUACUCCGGAGAGCGGCCCAUUGUCAUUGUUCCAUAGAGUAGGAGCGCCUCCCCCGGUCCGUAGCAUACUAUCCGAGACACAGCAGAGAAUGCCUUGAGAACGAAGUACUAGUGGGCGCAAAAAUGGGCAGCGAGCACUUGUGGCCAGCCUUCUAGCUAGAGACAACCUCAGCUCGGCUACAACGGGCCCCUCCCAAGCCAGACCCUCUCCGUGGGGAGGAGGGUUUGAGAGUCUAGAUGUGGGGACUUGCUCGUGGGAUCUUCCUGAAAGGAGUCUUAUGGGGGACAGGCGCCUUCUCCGGCUGUCCCUGCUGCACAAUAGCUGACCCUCAUUCAUCACCACUGUAGCCACGACUUUCCUGGGGGCUGCUAUUCCACGCGCGUGCCACGAUCCCUAGGCGGGCCCGCCGGGAUCCCAGGAGCUGGCCUCCUACCCCGCCCCCUCCCGGUGCUCCCAGCGGCAUCGAGUGAUGCGGCCCCUUUAAAUCCCGGCCGCCCCGCCCUUCGCCCGUCGACUCGGCGGCGGUCCCGGAUCCAGCCGGGCCGCGGCUCUUGCCGCCUUGCCCCAACCCUGCUCUGCCCGGGCCCAGCCUCAGAUCGAGGCCGCCAGCGCCGUGCACCGCGGAGGAGCAGCCCGCACGCAUCCCCCACCUCCACCCCGGUUCCCGCCCUGCCCGUAGCGGUCUCUCCCGGGCCCGCAGUUCCUCCGGGGCCGGGGCCCCCGCCGCCUCCGGGCCCCCGUGCCCGGGCCCCGGUCCCCCGGGCCAUGCGGCCUCGGCCCCGCCGGCGCCCGCCGCGCACUGGGGGAGAUGAGGCUCCGCAAUGGCACCUUCCUGACGCUGCUGCUCUUCUGCUUGUGCGCCUUCCUCUCUCUCUCCUGGUACGCAGCGCUCAGCGGCCAGAAAGGUGACGUGGUGGACAUUUACCAGCGCGAGUUCCUGGCACUGAGAGACCGUUUGCACGCGGCUGAGCAAGAGAGCCUGAAGCGCUCCAAGGAGCUAAACCUGGUGCUGGAAGAAAUCAAGAGGGCAGUGUCCGAGAGGCAGGCGCUGCGGGACGGAGAAGGCAAUCGCACUUGGGGCCGCCUAACAGAGGAUCCGCGACUGAAGCCGUGGAACGUCUCGCACAGGCACGUACUUCAUCUGCCCACCGUCUUCCACCAUCUGCCGCACCUGCUGGCUAAGGAAAGCAGUCUGCAGCCCGCAGUGCGAGUGGGCCAGGGCCGCACCGGAGUGUCCGUGGUGAUGGGCAUUCCGAGCGUGCGGCGCGAGGUGCACUCGUACUUGACUGACACAUUGCACUCGCUCAUCUCGGAGCUGAGCCCGCAGGAGAAGGAAGACUCGGUCAUCGUGGUGCUGAUCGCCGAGACUGAUACACAGUACACGUCGGCAGUGACAGAGAACAUCAAAGCCUUGUUCCCCACAGAGAUCCAUUCUGGGCUCCUGGAAGUCAUCUCCCCUUCCCCUCACUUCUAUCCUGACUUCUCCCGCCUUCGAGAGUCCUUUGGGGAUCCCAAGGAGAGAGUCAGGUGGAGGACCAAACAGAACCUCGAUUACUGCUUCCUCAUGAUGUAUGCACAGUCCAAAGGCAUCUACUACGUGCAGCUGGAGGAUGACAUUGUAGCCAAGCCCAACUACUUGAGCACUAUGAAGAACUUUGCCCUCCAGCAGCCCUCUGAGGACUGGAUGAUCCUGGAGUUCUCGCAGCUGGGCUUCAUUGGGAAGAUGUUCAAGUCACUGGAUCUGAGCCUGAUUGUGGAAUUCAUCCUUAUGUUCUACCGAGACAAGCCCAUCGACUGGCUCCUGGACCACAUCCUGUGGGUGAAAGUCUGCAACCCUGAGAAGGAUGCGAAACAUUGUGAUCGGCAGAAGGCCAACCUUCGGAUCCGCUUCAAGCCGUCCCUCUUCCAGCACGUGGGCACUCACUCAUCCCUGGCGGGCAAAAUCCAGAAACUGAAGGAUAAAGACUUUGGAAAGCAUGCUCUACGGAAGGAGCACGUGAACCCACCGGCGGAGGUGAGCACAAGCCUGAAGACGUACCAGCAUUUCACCCUGGAGAAGGCCUACUUGCGAGAGGAUUUCUUCUGGGCCUUCACACCUGCUGCCGGAGACUUCAUCCGGUUCCGCUUCUUCCAGCCACUGCGCCUCGAGCGCCCAGGCAUGGCCUUCUCUCUGCUGGGCCUGGACAGGGGUUCCUGGGCAGUACUUCGGCUCACUGGCCCGCUUGGCGUCUGUAGGUUCUUUUUCCGAAGCGGGAACAUUGAGCACCCAGAAGAUAAGCUCUUCAACACUUCUGUGGAGGUGCUGCCCUUCGAUAACCCCCAGUCAGAGAAGGAGGCCCUUCAGGAGGGCCGCUCAGCCACUCUCCGGUACCCUCGGAGCCCUGAUGGCUACCUCCAGAUUGGCUCCUUCUACAAGGGUGUAGCUGAAGGAGAAGUGGAUCCUGCCUUUGGCCCCCUGGAAGCACUGCGUCUCUCCAUUCAGACUGACUCCCCGGUGUGGGUCAUUUUGAGUGAGAUCUUUCUGAAAAAGGCCGACUAAGUAGAAGGCUUCCAAGGGUGCUCUGUGGCCGGCUCUGGAGCCCACGGUUCUGAGGGUGUCGCUGCUACUGCUGCUGCUGCCCCAGAGGACCAGGCAUAUCCACCCCACCUGGAGGGUUCUGCCUGGCAGGCGGCUCGGGCUGGCCUGGGGUUCACCGCUGGCCCGGAGGCCCCAGAAGCUGGUGCUGCUCCUGCCCGCCGGGCCGCGGGAGAGGCAGGCGGCCCCCACACUGUGCCUGAGGGCCGGCCUGCUGCCGCCCAAAAAGAACUGAACCGAACCGUUUGCCCCGGCCAGUGGUCAUGAGCCAGGCCAUUAGAAGAGCUUUUUCUUGGGUGCCCGCUGUGUGCGGCGCGGAACACUGGAAUGCAUACACUACUUUAUGUGCUGUGUUUUUUAUUCUUGGAUACAUUUGAUUUUUUCACGUAAGUUCGCAUAUACUUCUAUAAGAGCGUGACUUGUAAUAAAGGGUUAAUGAAGUA